GCCGGCUCCUCUGCCUCGUCCCCCCGCCGCCAGUGUCUGCUCGCCUCUGCCUUCUCCGUCUGUGACGUCCCAGCCGCCUUGGCUCCACCGUGCCUCGCCUGUCUCUGCUUCUGCUUCCUCCGUCGUCAUCGAGUUGGCUCCUCUGCAGUCUCUGCCCUGCUCGUGUCGAAGUUCUGCGCUCUCUCGACGGUGGCCUGCUCUGCAACGGUGCAACACUGCAAAACGACCCCAAGUUGGAAAACCGCACCUGACUCUGUUUCUGACUUUCUGCUUCUGCAGUGUAGGGUAGUUGUUUUGCUCCUCAGCACCCUCUUUAGGUUUAUGGAUGUGACUUAGGCUUUUCUAGAGGAAUGUUCAUCUUCACAAAAAAAAUAUCUGAAUGGCGGCCAUUUGUUUCUCAGCGUUACACCCAUCUCUUCACUGCAGCCGCUGCUAAGUCUUCUCUCUCCUUCGUUGCUGUUGAUAUGUACAUGUCUCUCCCGCGAGGCUGCAACCUUUGAGCUUGCUCUCGCUGUUGCUAUGUUUGCUUAUGUGUGCUUGGAAACACACGAGGUGGGCUUUGUUUGUUCACAACAGGAAGCCACACCACCAGGUCAUGAGAGUGACAAGACUGCUAGCUCGUGUCUUCUUGUCUCGCUGCUACGCAUCAUCCUGUCAUUGUUUGAAGUGGGGUGGUGGCAACAACACCAGCAGUAGUAGUAACAUCAUCAAUGAACACAAAACUAAAACAAAAACCAAAAUGGAAUCGGUUAUGAGUAGGAUUGAUGUUGUGCAUUCCACAGUGGCCAGGUGCCCCUCUGACUUGAUUACCCUUUCCUUUUUUAUCUGGACUGCCCAGCGCCAGAAUUACUAUAAUGAUUUUAAUUAUAAUUACUCUCAUGAUAUCCGUGCCCUUGAUUACAUGGUCCCAGUGCUUCAACGUCUCACCAACCAUUACAAAACCCUCCAAGUUAUUCUUUUUCAGUUGGAGACUAUAGGAUGUGUCACAAAGCGUGCAACUUACAUCCUCUUAUUAAGGAUUUUAUGGCAUGGCAAAAUGCAUCCCAUGGUGCUUGAGGCUUAUAACCUGAUGCAAGUUUCGGGCUUCGAACCUAAUACAUUUGCUCGUAAUAUCCUCAUGGAUGUUCUAUUUAAAAUUGGCCAACCCAAUCUCGCAUUGAGGGUUUUUCACCACACGCAAGCCCCAAACUUCUUCACCUUUAACUAUGCACUUUGUCAUCUAUCCAAGUUAAAUGAUAUUACUCACACCGGUUAUGUGUUUCGACUCCUGUUGAGGAUGGGCUAUUAUCCCAGCAUUCCCAUGUUUGAGAUGCUUCUCAAUUGUUUCUCUAGGAUGAGUGGAUUACUUCAGGUGUAUCAAGUGCUGGGUCUCAUGAUUUCUUUAGGGUUUGAACUGUCUGUUAACAUUUGGACGAUUCUCAUCCAUACAUAUUGUAAAGUGGGGAGACUUGAUGUUGCUCGCAAUCUGCUCUUGAAAAUGGCUGGAAGUGGUUGUUCCCCUAAUGUUGUGACAUAUACAAUCUUGUUCAAGGCAUUUAUGCAAUCUGGCAUGGUCACUGAAGCGAUAGAUUUGUUAAAGAUCAUGUUAUCUACUGACCAAAAUCCGGAUUUAAUUCUUUGUAAUGUAUUAAUUGAUUGCCUUUCAAAGGUUGGAAGGUAUCAGGAUGCAGUUGAAGUUUUUGCCGGUUUGUCAAAACAAAAUCUAAAACCUGAUUCUUAUACCUUUACUUCAUUGUUGUCUGCAAUUUGUCUUUCGGGAAAGUUUUAUCUAUUACCCAAGUUUAAUCUACUACCCAAACUAGUCUGUGGAUAUGUAGAUACUGAUUUAGUGCUAUGUAAUGCACUUUUAUGCUCUUUUGUUAAGGCUGGACUUCCCUCUCAUGCAGUUGAACUCUAUAAUAAUAUGGUUGAUAAAGGUUUUACACCAGAUAACUAUACUUUUGCUGGAUUACUGACUGGACUUUGUGCUUCGAGAAGAAUUGAAGAAGCAGUUAAUGUUUACCGUGGUCUUGCCAUGAGUUACCCUGAUGUUGAUGCUCACAUCCAUACUGUGAUAAUAGGAGGGCUUGUCAAGGUUCGUAAAUAUAACAUGGCUGCUGAUGUUUUUAGAUUUGCAGUAUUGAAAAAAUAUCCACUUGACGGUGUAGCAUUCGGAGUUGGCAUAUAUGCACUACUUAGAUGUGGAAGAAUUCAAGAGGCCCGUGCAAUGUAUGACCAGAUGAAGGUGAAUGGUCUUAGACCUGAUGGUCAUACAUUUAAUCUGAUGAUUUAUGUAUUUUGCAGAGAAAAAAAUCUUCAAAUGAUGAAAGUAAUGCUACAAGAGAUGAUUGAUUUUAGGGUAGAAUUGAGUUACAGGAAUUUAUUAAACAUAUCUAAACUUCCAUGUGGAUCAGAGACAUACUUUUCUACUUUGAACUUGUUGUCUAAGAUGAGAGGUUUAGGAUUAUUAUCUGCAAAGGUGUUGCACUCAUCAAUCUUAGAUGCACAAACUGAAGGUGAAGAAGCAAAAGAAAAAGUUUAUACCAAAUCUGAAUCGGAACAGAACGUACUUUCAUAUUCAUCCAGUUCUGAAGACCUAUCAGACAUUGCUGCAGUUUGUUGAGCUCUUAUGCUUAACAUGCAUCCAAUUUCUUCUUGAAGGGCCAUUCAAUUUACUUAUCCUGAAUAUAUCAGCACACCGAUAACAGUAUGUACAAUGAUAGAAGUUUUGCAAUGGCAAGAGGAGCGUCAAAAAAGCAGCUAGUCAAUUUCAUUGUGUUAACAGUUUCGUGAGGUGAGCGUGGUGGUUUGCAUUGAUGAUAAAGCCAAAACACCUAUCAGAAAGCUCACAUUGAGUGAGCUGCUAUUAAUACCCUGGUGCAGGGUAAUGUAGCAGAUGAUGCCGAACGCCAUGUUGGAAGUUUUGAAUAAUAAAGAGUUGAAGGAUCUUGGAUGGAACUUAUUUCUAUAGUGAAGAUAUGACAAUUCAGGACCAACCAAUUCAGCUGAGGUUGCAAGGGCCAUAGUUGUUGUGUGCAUAUCCAAACACAUCAAUGGCAAGAACAUUUGUAAGAAUGCCAUUAGCAACAAGUUAGGUGAAAACAACCAUCGAACAUGGCAGCAGCAGGCAUUGGAAGCAAUUAGAGGACAAGAUUUAGAGAGCCAUCUUCAACAAUCCAUUCCUCCUCAAUUUUCAUCAGAUCAAGAUUGACUUUCAGGUAAAGAAUUUGCACAGUACAAGCAAUGGCGCCAGGAAGAUUACAACAUCAUUUCCUUCUUGUUGGCUUCAAUGGAGGAAGUUUUCUCCAACAAGAUGGUUGGCAGCCAAUUUGCUUAUGAAAUCUGGAAUAGGAUCGAGGAUUACUUUACUAAAAGCACCAAAUACAAGAUCAAGCAACUCAAAAAGCUAGCCUCAAGAAUAUCAAGAAGAACAGAUUAACAGCAACACAAUACAUUCAAAGAUUAAAGAAGUUACUGAUUCUUUGGCUGCUCUUGGGAGUCCACUCACAUCAGAAGAACAUAUGAUGCCCUUCUUGCUGGUUUAAAUUCUGAAUAUCAUGUUCUUACUAUGAUCAAUUCCAAACCUGAACUCUAUUCUUUAAGUGAGAUAGAAACCAUCACUAUGUCACAUGAUGAUAUGUUAUAGCAGUUUCAGAACCCAGAUACUUUGCUCCCUCAGGCUCAUCUUGCACAAAGCUCUUUCUCCAAUUCCUUCACCUCUGGUCGUGCCAACUACAACCGUAGAGGCAGAGGUGGAAGAAUAUCUCGAGAUGGCAGAUUCAACUAUAGCUCACCAAGGCCUCAAUGCCAGGUUUGUGACAGAUUUGGUCAUAUAGCUUGGCAUUGUUUCCAUAGGUUUGAUCAACAGUUUCCACCCCCUUCUCAAUCCCAGAAUCAAUCUUUUAGGCCUCCCUCAACAAAGACUUUGCCGUCUUCAUCUGCUUCACAAGUUUUUGGUUCAUCGUCAAUUCCCCCAUCCAACCCCUGCCUUCCACAAUCCAUCUGCUUACAUGGUUGCUCCAACAUCUCUUGUUGAUCCAACAUGGUAUCCAGACACUGGUGCUUCACACCAUAUCACACCCAAUGCUGACAACCUCCUUUCAAAAACAGACUAUAAUGGUCCUGAACAGGUUAUCGUAGACAAUGGCAAAGGUUUGUUAAUCUCUCAUUGGUAAUUCAAUUUUACAUGCUUUAGAUACAAAUCGUUUCUUUAAUCCUCAACAAUUAAUUCACUCACCACAAAUGACCAAGAAUCUAGUUAGUGUAUCAAAAUUUUGUGAAGACAAUGCUGUAUUCUUUGAAUUUCAUGCUUACAUUUGUUUAAUGAAAUGCCAACACUCCAAGAAGAUACUUUUACAAGGCUAUCGUAGAGGUGGUCUAUACAGAUUCUUCAAUGUUCAAAGUCCUUCAAAUCUCACUCCUAGUUCUAUUCCCUGUGUGUUUAGUGUAGAUCUGACUUACAAUAAUCUUUGACAUCGGCGUUUAGGCCAUGCCUCAACUAGAAUUGUACAUUUGGUUAUGAAUUUGUGUAAUAUUUCUUCUUCAAGUAAACAAUUUGAUAUGAAUAAUAUUUGUUCUCAUUGUGUUCAUGCUAAACAUCAUAAAUUGCCUUUUCCCGAGUCUUCUACUGUCUAUACAGCACCUCUACAGCUUGUUUACUCUAAUGUUUGGAGACCAUCACCAUAUAGCUCUCACUUAGGUUAUAGAUUCUAUGUGACUUUUAUUGAUGCUUUUUCAAAAUACACAUGCUUGUACUUACUGCACUCGAAAUCUCAAGUCUUUACUGCCUUUGUACAAUUUCAAUCUCUAAUGGAAAAUCUUACUGGACGUAAAAUUAAGAAAUUUCAGACUGAUCAUGGAGAUGAAUUCACCUCAAACAUCUUUAUUUCAUACUUAGCAGAGCAAGAUAUUUCUCAUAGAUACACUUCUCCUUACACACAUGAGCAAAAUGGUAGAGUGGAGAGAAAGCAUCGCCAUAUUGUGGAGACAAGUUUGGCUAUGCUUUCUCAAGCCAAAUUGCCACUCACUUAUUGGGAUGAGGUUGUAGUUACAACCUUAUCUUAUAAAUCGAUUACCUACUCCAACUCUCCAAGAUAAAUCUCCAUAUGAGGUUCUGUUUACCAAAGAACCUGAUUAUACUCUUCUAAGAACCUUUGGUUCAGCCUGCUAUCCCUUAAUAACUCCUUAUAACAAGAACAAAUUUAAUUAUAAGUCCCACAAAUGUUUAUUUCUAGGAUAUGCUAUUGAUCAUAAAGUGUAUAAGUGUCUACCUAAAUUAGCUAAUAGCAAUACUUUAAACACUCAUAAUUCUACUACCAUACCUUCAAUUCACACUUCAAAUAAUUCUUCUGAUUCAAGUAUUAUUUCAGAUAGACCAACUAUUGGUACUAACUAAGUCUGCAGCAUCAACAACUAGUGAUGUACCUAGUGAUUUAAUAAAAGAAUCACCACCCUCUACUUCUCAAAGUACAAGUUCAGAUAUCAUUCCAAUCACUGGUAUUGAAAAAUAGCUACCUCUUUCUGCACCUCCUACUACUUCACAAAAUAUUGCUCAACAGAAUCUUGAAUCACCUGCUACUAUUGAGGUUCAGAAUCAACACCUCAUGACCACAAGGUCAAAAACAGGAAAGUUAAAGCCAAAACUUCACUCUACUGUUGGAAGUUCAGACUUGUCUAUUGAAAGUCCUCCUAAAAAUGCAGCUGUGGCUCUUAAAAUACCACAUUGAUAUGCUGCUAUGCAAGAGGAAUACCAGGCUCUUAUGAGAACUAAUACAUGGACCUUGGUUGAGGCUCCACCUAAUGCAAAAGUGAUAGGUUCAAAGUGGAUGUAUGCUGUUAAAAGGUUACCAAAGAUACAAAAAUACAAGGCCAGACUUGUGGCACAAGGCUUUGAUCAAACUGAAGUAUUUGAUUUUGGUCAAGUCUUUAGUCCAGUCAUAAGACCUACAAUUAUUAGAAUUAUGUUAAGUGUAGCACUGACUAGAGGAUGGACUAUUAGACAAUAUGACUUUAAUAAUGCUUUUUUAAAUGGGGAUUUAUACCAAACUAUUUAUAUGAGACAAACAAAGGGAUUUGAAAUACAACCUUAAACUCUUGUUUGCAAAUUAAUUAAACUAGAUUUUGACCUGCACCAUGCACGGAGAAUUUGAAUAAUAAUUUUUACAUAAUGGUUUUUUAUUAGAUUUUAUAAAUUUGUGUAAAUAAAAUAGUAUAUAUUUAUAUUGUUCUUUGUUAUUUGUGACCGUUCAAAUGAUCGUUAUAGUAGCCGUUGUAAUAUCUUAUUACAUAAUAUAUAAUUAUGUUAUUUUUAAUUAUAUUUAAAGUAGAUUGAUUAUUCUAACUUUUGUGAAUCUUAAAAGAAUUUUUACAUUUAAUUUUGGUUUCUUGUAACAUUUGAUAAUUUUAGUGGCAUCUUAAGAAUUUUUUUUUUUCCUUGUAAUGUGACCUUAA